AUGGACGUCGAGAAGCCGCUGUAUCUGGAGGAGAAGGUACCUCUGUACCCGCGCCCGGAAACACACAGAAAGCGACCAGCCGCUGAGUCGCGACCUCGAAGGCACUAUUUCGUCACACGUAUACUACCUGCCGCCCUCAUCUUACUCGCGACGCUUUCCUUGUUUCGCGCCACCUUCGUCUGCCAUCACCACUAUAACCCUACCUUGACACCGCAUGGUCCAGACUCGCUCAAAGAAGCACGAAACGGGAAUGAGGUACCACUAGAGAUUCAUGUCAUGUCCAAAUGUCCCGAUGCAAAAGAUUGUCUACGUCAAUUGGUGGUCCCAACAAUGGAACAAGUCAGCGAUAAAGUCAACUUUACAAUGUCAUUUAUUGGAAGUAUUGAUCCUAAUUCGGAUGCUGUCUCCUGCAAACAUGGCCCCGGCGAAUGUCUUGGUAACGUCAUCCUCCUCUGUGCCGCCCAUGUAUACGCCGAUGUAAAGGUAUGGCUGGGUUUCGCGAAUUGCAUGAUAUCGGAUUAUCAAGAAAUCCCGCAGCGAGAUUUGGUCGAGGACUGCGCUAUGGAGCAUGGAGUCGACUUCCAAAAGCUCAAUACAUGCAUUAGUGAAGAAGGAGAGGGCGUUGGCUUGCUUCGCUCGAGCAUCCUCAGGAGUCAAGAGAACAACGUGACAAAGAGCUGCACAGUGAGACUGGCGGGCAAGAUAAGGUGUAUUCGUGAUGGCGGCGAGUGGUACGACUGUCCCGGAGGCAGUUCCGUGGAGGAUCUUGUACAUGAUAUCGAUGAUCUGUACAAUAGGGAGAGCAUCUGA